AUUAAAUGUAAUUUACUCAUGUUGUACUUUACAGUACUGAUUCGCAUUCUUGAUUGUUUGAUAAAAUAAAACCGAGGUAGAGCUUCAGGGAGGAGGCUUCUGUUGAGAAUAAUCUUCUAGUAUUUAGGGAUAGGAGUAAGAUAAUCUGGAGGAUCUUCAUGGUUGAAUAAAAUCAUCUUUGAUAGCAGAUUAUAGACGAUAAGUGAGACUGUAUAUACAUAUAUUUGGAUUACAGCAACGCACCAGUGGUAUCUACCAAAGGAAAGGACAUCCGCAGAGGACUUUUAGGAAAACUGGCUCAUAUCCAUGUUACAGAGCGCAAAAAUGCUGUUGCAAUCAGCCCGUUUACUGUAAAGAAUACAUGACAUGGCAGUAGAAGAACAACAGAACAAGAUGAUAUUGGCCACAGGUGGUUAUGAUCAUACCAUAAAUUUUUGGCAACCACACAGUGGAGUAAGACAGUCUUCAGUUCAACAUCCCAGCUCUCAAGUCAACAGCAUGGAAAUUACACCAAAUCGACAAUUAUUAGCUGCUGCAGGUUUCCAGCAUAUACGAAUGUAUGAUAUUUAUUCAAAUAAUCCAAAUCCAGUGGUUAACUAUGAAGGGGUGCCAAAAAAUUUUACUGCUGUUGGUUUCCAAGAAGAUGGUAGGUGGAUGUUCACAGGAUCUGAAGAUAAUGCAGCUAGAAUAUGGGAUUUAAGAUCUAGGACAUUGCAGUGUCAGCGUUUGUUUGGUACAAAUGCUCCAGUCAACUGUGUGUGCUUACAUCCAAACCAAAGUGAACUGUAUAUUGGAGACCAAAGUGGUGCAAUAUAUUUGUGGGAUUUGAGAGCUGAGCUCAAUGACCAGCAAAUGAAAAAACCUUUUUUUAAAGUAGCAGAACCUCAUAUAUCAAUUCAGAGCAUACACAUAGAUGCAGUAGGCACAUUCAUGGCUGCAUUAGAUAACAAAGGUAACUGCUAUCUGUUUACUCUGAGAUUUGGGGGAUGUGAAAGCUCACAUUCGGAACCAGUACGAAGUUCGUAUUUUGUACCACAUAAAACUUAUGGGUUAAAAUGCAAAUUUAGUCCUGAUUCUACGUUGUUAGUCACAACAUCCGCAGACUGUUCUGCAAAAAUAUGGCGCACUACAGAUUUAAAUUUACAACAAGCACCUUCAUCUCCAGAAAAUGUAGGAACAGGAGGCAUUGAAAAGAAAACUCCAGAAGCCCCUAUGGUGGAAUUGAAAGCUAAUGAACAACGAUGGGUAUGGGAUGUGGCUUUCAGUGCUGAUUCAAGUCAUGUAUUUACAGUGCUUUCCACAGCUUCUUCAGAUCAUCUAGCAAGACUUUGGAAUAUUGCUACUGGUGAAGUAAGAAGAGAAUACAGUGGGCAUUCUAAAGCAUUGACUGCAUUGGCAUUUAAAGAUGGAGCAUAAAAUAAAUUCAAGAUGAAUGUUUGUACAAAACAAUCUGUAAUUAUAUGCUGUUGUUAAUUACAAAUGAAACAUAAUUCUCAAAAAUCAGAAUAAUUUAUUUUUAUAUUCUCUACUUUAAAACUUCCUCUUCAAAAUUAAGCAUUUGUAAAUGUAAAAUGUUUAUUAUGUUAAACUAAUGUCAGUACAAUGUGUAUGAUGCUUUAGUACAGUAAUUAUAAAACAAUAAAUUUAAUAUUUAAAAUCUUCAUUUUAUUGUAACAUAUGUUUUUAUACUUUAACAAAAGUUUUUUUAAAGUGUACAGAGACGUUUAUGAAGUAUUCAAAAUAUUUUUCUUUCUGUGUAUCUAGAAAUACACAUCCUUUGCCGUUCUAAAAACGCUUUAUCCAUAUUUCUAGUUAUUUAGAUGACUUUUAUAAUUUCAUGAAAUUAAAUCCAUCCAUAUUGUAAUAAACACAAAUAAUAAAAAUAACCUAAAUGAAAAUAUGUUUUCCUGUAAAAAUGUCAUGGUUCCUUAAUUUUAUAAAAGUUCUUUUAAUCUUAGUUUAAGAAACCAAAAGUUAAUUUUUAUAAAAUAAUUUAUAAGAAUUGGAUGGUUACAUUUAUACUCUAUUACUGCUUGACUAUCAUUCAUAAAAUAGAUACAGUCUAACUCAAAAGUAAUAUCUAAUGUCCAUGUGAUUUCCACAUUUUUCUCCUCUAGUCAGAUUGGUAUUUUUAAAGCCAAAUUCCAAAAGUUUGAUUGUCUCUAUUUACUUGGCCCCAGAAAACUCAUACAACGUUUUAUAUAUUGCUUGUAAUUAUUUCAAGUAAGUAUUCAUGCAAGGGUGUUCCCCUUGUAAAUAUAAGCUUAUUUACCUCAAAAAUUUUACAAGGCAUCCAUCUUAAUUCAGAUGUCUUUUAUAUACUUUGCCAUAAUCAUUUAACCAACCUAGAAAUUGAGCUAUUCACAUGAUGAUAGUAUAAAAAAUAUAUAUUUAAUUUUGUUUGUUAGUACUGAUGAAAAUGGCAAUUCAUGAUAUAUUAAGUGUAUUGUAAAAGCUAUGAUAAGGCAACUAUCUUAAUUCAGAUGUGUCUUGUGUAGUUUGCUAUAAUCAUUUAACCAACCUAGAUCUUCGGCACAGAAUAUUAAAAAACAUCUGUUUGGAUUUAAACCAAAAUUUUAUUUUGGCAAUCCUAAUGAAAAUGGUAGUCCAUAAUAUAUUUUUAUGACUCAUAAUGCAUUUUAAGCACUAUGACAAAGAGUAUAAUUCAUUCAAAUAUAAAAAUCUAUGUAAACUUUACACAACAUGAUGAAACUAUGAUUAUGUCAAUCAUAUACUUUACCAUAAAAUUGUACAAAACGUUUUUUAAGUUUAAUAAAAAUUAUUCAUGUUUACAGUUUCCUGAAGAGUCUAGUAAGUGCAUGUAUAAGUAUCAAAUAAAACCUCUCUUUUUAACUUCAUCAGUUAAGAAUUAAUAAAUUUGGAAUAUGAUUAGGACAGCUAAAAUGUUUUAAUAAUUCAUAAAUAGAGUACUUUAAAAAUGUGCACAUAACAAUUAUCCAUUAACAUUUUAAAUAAAACAAUUAUAUCUAUGGUUUGAAAUGACUGAAUUAUCUAUACAGUACAAAGUCUUUAAUUCGGAUGUCCAUAAUCUAUAAUCCGGAUCUCAAAGCUACAAACUUUCUGUGCAUGUGUAGCAUUUAUGCAUGUGCAUAUGCAUUUACGCAUGUGCAUAAUAC